AUGAUAAAAUUAAAAUUUAACCUAGCUGAACAAUGUGUAUCAGCAUUAUGUCGUAUACAAAAACCAUCAAGAAUUUAUCUUGAAAAAUCAAGUCAUAAUCUUUUACAUCAUACGAAUAACACAUGUCCCGGUGAUCAUAAUGAUAAUUUAUGGGUUACAUAUAAUGAUUAUCAACCACCUAAAACACAAAUUGAAUGGGAACAAACAUGUUUCUUAGAUAAAUGUUAUCAUGGUUAUUAUGAAUGGCCAAAAAUAAUUAAAUAUCCAAUGAAUAAACGUGAAUGUUAUACAAAAGAAACGAUGCCUGAACAUGUUGCAAUUUUAUAUAAUCAAUUUAUGAAUAAAAAAUUUUAUUAG